AUGAAUAUCAAUGAUUUAUUGAGUCAUUUCAAAGAUCCUGAUGAGCUAGGUAAAAUCAUUGAUGAUGUAAAAUCAUCACAAGACAAGAAUGAUUUGUUUAAUUUGAUUUUUCAAGCAAGUGAAAAAAUUGCAUUGCCAGAAAGAAUAUAUAUACAAACCCUUCAAGAUAAUUUCAAUGAAAAACUGUUACAACGUGCAUUGUUAGACUAUCCUUCAUCAUUAAAUUUGAUAUUAAUGAAAUUAGAACACUCAGAAGACAAAUUAAAAGUAAUUAAAGAUGCAAUUACACAAAUUGGAACAUUCUCUCCUGAAAUAUGGGAUAAAUAUCGAGAAAUUUCUCCAGACAAUUCAGAUGAAAUCUUCAAACAAGAACUUUCAUGUUUAAUAAUCGAUAGAGACGUUAUAGAAAUGGAAAACAUGGAUUUGGAUGUUGAAUUAAACGAAGAUUCUCAAAAAAUAAUCGAUUUAUUGCAAAUCCAUCAUUUUGACUUUACAAAAAUAUCCACUGCGAUAGCAUUUGUCCGAGACUUUCCAUCCAUUACUAAUUUCGAAUGGUGUUUAAAUUAUCAUCCUUAUAAUCAAACAAUUUGGCAGAGUUACUUGACCAUUUACCCCAAUGAUAAGAAUAUAUCGGAUCGCUCCAUCAGAUUCUGCUUUAAAUCAGGCAGAAUUUGGGCAAUGAGAUUAUUAUUUGAUCAAAACAUAGAUUUCAACAAUUACAAAUAUAUAGAUAACGCCCUUGAUGGCCGUAUCUUAAUUGGCAAAUUAUGCAGCUUAGAUCCAGAAAAUACAGAAUUUUAUGUAAAUAACAUCUUAAAACUGAAAGUAUUCCAAGAAACAGAUUGUUUUGUUACAGCUUGCAUCAUAUUGGAUGAAUACUACAUCGCAAACAACAAAAAAUCUGAAAGAAGAAAUAUUUUAUUUAAUUUAACAGAAAAAUUCCCUCAAAGAUCAGAUUUAUGGCUCAGAAGGAUUGAGUUUGAGCGGAAUUUUGAACCUAACAUAGAAAAUGUCCGGAAAAUCUAUGAAAACGCGUUUCGAAUUUUGCAAAACGACAAAAGCCGUCUGAUUGACUCCUGGAUGGCUUUUGAAGCUGAGAGGGGUAAUGAUUUCGAUAGGAUCUUGCUUUGUUUGACUGAACUCGAAGCAGAAAAGGAAUUAAAUAGUAAGAAAAACGAAAUUUCAGAAGAUCAUGACAAUAAAACAGUUUUUGUAACAGGAUAUGAUUCAAAUACAACUACGCGAGAUGAUUUAUUCAAUUUCCUAAGCGAAUUCGGUGAAAUCAAGCGUCUAACAAUGAAAAAUAAAUUUUCAUUCUGUGAAUACGCGAAAAUAGAAGAUGCUGACAAUGCUAUUAAAAACUGUCAAAACAAGCUGUUCAAUGAUGCCAAGGUUUCCAUCUCACCCCAUGUAAAUAAGGAAAAACAUACUUUGUACAUUAGAUACGAUCCAAAAAGUGACAUCCAAACUUUGGUAAAUUUCUUGAAACAAAAAAGUGGUGUUAAUAAUAUUACUUAUAGGUUUGCCAAAAACAAUAAAGAUGAAAUUAAUGAUUCUGGACUUGAAAAAAGAGGCUGGGGCUUUUUGGACGUAAAUUCAGAAACAGAUGCAAAUAAAUUAUUGUUGAUGAAUGGAAAACUGUUUAACAACUUCGCAUUGAGGGUAGAGAUAGCAAAACAUAAUAAAAAAGAGGCAUUUGAUAUCAAAAAAUCAAAACCCCCUAAAAUUCCUCAGCCAGCUCCUAAAGUAUACAAUAAAGAAAAGAAUGAUGAAGAAGCCAAAAAGCUUUUUGGGUUUUAA